CGUGUUAGCUAGAAAUAGUCAAAUAGUAUCGGAAUAUGAUGAGAUAACCAAUGCAAUAGACGAUCUGAAAUUCGUAAGGAAUACACUAUCAACGCGAAUAAAUCAAAUAAAGCAGGGCCAACAGAGCCGCGAGGAAACAGAACGAAAGGCUUAUGAGGGCUUGGAGUCAACCCAAUGCAGUCGCAGCUUCCUUGACGAAUUAAAGGAUAUAUUCGGACCGAGGAAGAUUAUGUUACUAUCUCAACUAGUUAAAAUAGAAAUACAACGGCAAAGUCUUGAUAUAAUUACCCAACAAAUGGAACAAUGGUUAGAGGAAAGCAAGAAUACCCAGAUGCAACCGGGACCGCGAAUAAAGAGCAUAUGUAAGCUAGCAAAUAUAGUACAACAACUAAAACAAAUUAAGAGUGACGCAAUGGACCCACAAAAUCAAUCUCCGAAUGCCGAAAUAAGCAUAGUUGAAAAUGGUCUAAUCGCAAUAGGUGUCCAAUGCAAUUCCCAUGAAUUAAAAAGCCGAAUCAAAAUGAUCAUGAUAGAAGAACUAAAGAAAAUACCACCUAAGAUUGAUACGUUAAACUGGGACGAUAUAACUCAAGUUAUAGAUCCAGUGAUAGAUCAAUUAUUGAAACAUGAUGAACCCAAAAGCCGCGACAACAUAUCUAGGAUAAUUAAAGAAACGCUAGCUCAACUUGAUGGUACAUCUAAAAACAUGGAAGUCAAAAGUGAAAGUGAAAGUGAACGGAAGCCCACAGACUCAGAACCCUCUACUUCAAGAACUCAAUCAAGCAAUCCCCAAACUAACGAAUCAGGCAUGGUUGAAGAAACGCUAGCUCAACUUAAUGAUAGGUUUAAAAACAUGGAAGUUGAAAGUGAAAGUGAACAGAAGCCCACAGACUCAGAACCCUCUACUUCAAGAACUCAAUCAAGCAAUCCCCAAACUAACGAAUCAGACAUGGACGGUAAACUUCCCUCAACUAGCAAAUCUGCUGAUCAAGAUUCUACGUUAUCUUUUAAUAGAUAUGGACUUAAACUAUCCGAGUUGGAUCAACAGGAUUGGCUUAGUAUUGGGUUAGACCCAGAGCAAGAAAAGCUUAUCUGGGAGUUUAAAAGUAUCUGUGACCGGUGCGUAUUAGAAUAUGAAACCCACCCCUAUUUAGAGGAUGAUUGA